GGGUCCUUGGAGAUAUUAGAGCGUCCAAUGCACCAGCAGAUGUGCAAAGGAAAUAGAACCCAAUUGAACAGUCAAGAUGACAUCCGCAGAUGAAGAAAACUCUUAUAUCGAUUACGAAACUUUCCUCUCACCCACAUUCUCUCCCUCAUCAUUCGCAAACUCUCUAGUUCUGGGGACAAAUAACCCUACCGAUACACCCCUCGACCUCUCCACACCUCUCUCCCGUGUGCUAUUCGAUGCGCAAGAAAUAAAUACCCAUAUCGAUACCCUCACAACGAAAAGCGCCCUUCCCCUCCUAUCGCAUACCCAAGAUCAGACCGCGUCGAGUCAGAGGAUUGUACAAGAGAUAGAUUCGCAGGUCGCAAGUCUCAAUGAUGGGUACAAACGACUCGAGAAGGAAGUUUUGGUACGAUAUGAAACCGCAGAGGAAGUCCAAACUGUCGCAAGUAGAUUAUGGGAAACCGUAAGGCUAGGCAGAGUAGUAGCACGAUGUUUGCAAUUGGGAAGACAACUCGAGAUUCAGUUGUCUGAGAUCGGAAAUACGGGUGCGCCUGUUAAGGUUCCGGGUGCAAAGGAGGAUCAUAAAGCUUUAGUACGAUGUUCGAAUACACUACUGAAUAUACGAGAACUUUUCCAGAAAAGUGGCCCUGGGGAAGAAGGUUAUGGUUUAGAGAGGAUAGAGGUUGUGCGGACGCUUCAAACAUCGAUUAUCAACCCCGCAGAACGAGUCGUGCUUUCCAGAUCGCAGCAACUUAUUCGCGAGUUUUCGAUGAGCAAUCUAUCGUCCAUCAGCAAUACAUCAACAUAUGCGCAGACCAGGGAUACGAAAGAGCGCACCGAUUCGGCUCUGAAAACUUUAUACCUUCUAUCCUCAACAUCAGGGCUUAACAGCAAAAACGCAAAGAAAUUAAAAUGGGAACCAGACAUCCUCGUUCAAUCGCUUCAGGAUUAUCUCCGGACUGCUCUGACUAGCUCAUUGGCAUCUCUUUCUCGUGCUCUUGCUACACUUCCUACACUCGAUCGAACUCUCCUCGAAGUAUCCGCUCGAUGCCAAAAUGUUUUGGCGCUGGAAUCACUACUUGCAUCUAUGCAGCCUCCGGCGCACCCAAAUUUACCCUCAGAUGAUAUGGCGCCAGCCAAUUUUCUUCAGCCUUUGCUCACAUCCCUAGAGACUGGUUCAUUACCAAGUUAUUUCUGGCGGACUUUAGCUGGCGGGUUGACCACAAAAGUACAAGAAAUUAUCAAUAAAGGUGGUGUUAGCGCUAGAACAUUGAGAAGUAAUCGUAACAGUGUCAGAGAUGCCAUUCGAGAAUGCGUCGUAAAAGGGAGCAGAGCACCAGCUGGAAUCACUGCUUUGAAAGGCGAGAAAAAGGCAGAUGCUAGCUGGGAGCGAGAAGUAGCGGUAAUGGUUGGAAGUGUUAUGGGUCCAUUAGGCCGCUGAGGCAUAUCAUGUGUUCCACGGAAUGAUGAUUAGUGCAGGUCAAGAGCCAAGACGAAUUUCUAGGUCUCGAAAUAUCUGAGAAAUACCCAAUAUGCAUGUGGCCCUGAGAGUCUAUGAAAUCCCGCGAGACUACUCGCCGUGCCUAGAUCUUAGGAGCACAUUUGCCGUCGAGAAUUGCCUGUUUGUGCCAGCUGAUUGUAUGAUGCGCAAGAAGGGGAAGAGUAUACAGACUAAUGAUAUAUACCAUCAUAUGAUUGAAUGAGAACCACGCAAUGAGAACCCGCUGAAAGGCACUCACCCCUUCUAUUAUGAUAUAAUUAUAAUCGCA